CGACAAUGGAAUGAAAAUUCCAGAGGAGGACCACGAGAAGUUGUUGAAGGGGGUGAAGUGGGGGAACAGGACGGACUGCACGGCAUACAUCAAGCGUAUCAACCUCGAGCACUUCAACAAGAGGGUUCACUAUGUCAAGAACGGGCUGGCUGGGGAGAGUGGAUACAUCUUAGCGUGCACUUGUUCAGCAUGCAGGUACAAAGUUGUGAUCAGGAGGAAGCGAUUUUCCAACCCCAAGAUAGCAAGCUUCUUCUGGGUGGACGUCAACACCAGCGUGCUCAGGCACGACGUCCCCGCCUGCACCUCCUUCGGGAAAGCGAGCGUCCGUUUCCUCUGCGACUCGCAGGCCUUCCGAGCGCAACUUCAGAAGGUGCAAGGAGAAGGAGAGGGGCAGGGGCAGGGGCAUCGCAUGACGGCAAAGGAGCUGCAGCAGUUGCUCAAGGAGUCGUUAGGGAUCGACACUACCAUCUCCAACAUCUACGCAGCACGGAUGAUCAUAGAGCACGGCUCCUGGGACGAGUACGAGUCCUCCUUCGGCAAGUUCCCAGCAUGGCUGGAGAAGUUCUGCCAGGACAACCUCGCCAGUCUCGGGGUGUGCGAGAGCUUCGAGGAUGGGCCUCAGAAAGGAACUUUCCGUCGCGCGUUCCUGAGCUGCGGGUCCGUGAUCCAUCACGUCAAGCGCUGUGGGCUGCGGCUGCUCCGUCAGGAGGUGUUCCCCUUGAAGCACAAGUGGUUCACCGGGAAGGGAGGACUAGCGAUGGCUGCACGAUCCCACUC